AUGUCAUUUUACUGUAUUGACUUUACAGCAUUGUUUUUUAACUUUCGAACAAUAUUAAGUGAAUUAGGAGAUAUUUAAUAGAACCCUUUAUUGGCUCAAGUAGAAUAAUUAUAAAAGAGAUUUAAGGUUAAAAGACUCAACAUCAAAUUAUGUAAUUUCGAAAAUAAUCAAGCUUAUUUAGAUUUUUCAUAGAAGAUAAGAAAAUUAUAGAGUUUAGAAUAUUUGACUGAAUUUUUGAUAAUAUUAAUAAUUAAUAAGAUGGUAUUAGAAUAUAUUCUAGAUAUUCCUCCUCUUACUAGAAUCAUAGUAAUAAGCAGUAUCAUAUUGAGUUAUUCAACUUAUGUGUAAUAUCUAAAGCCCUCCAAUCUCUACUUAAAUUAUAAACUAGCAUUUUUGGAAUCGUUUUAGGUAUUUAAAUUAUUUAUAUUAGCCUUGGAGAAUAUUGACAAGUAUUUUAUAUUUUGGUGAAUUAGAUUUGAUUACUGUCUUAAGAUUAUUCUUUUUGUAAAAUAAAUUGCAAAUCUUUUAGUUAAUCAAUCUCAUUUUCAUUGGAAUAACAUACUUUUCCAGGUUUUGCAAAUUACUUAUACUUUUUGUUAUUGAAUUUUGUCACCAUUACUUCAAUAGGACUUUGGUUAAAUGAGCAUUCUCUAACUGAAUACUUUGUAGAAGCACUUAUGUAUGUUUGGGGAAGACAAAAGUAAGAAAGACCAUUAUUAUGUAACAAUACACUCCAAAAAUAUUUUAAUUUCAUUCUUUUGUUAAAUACCAUUAUUAACUCAACUUUAUACAAAAACUAUUUUUUUUUGUUUUCACUAAAGCUAAAGAUAUCAAAAUAGCAUACCUAAUUAAACAAGCCACAAAAAUAGAUUUAUAUAGAGAGCUUCAUUAAUUAGUUGGUUAAGAAAUAGACUUAGAUUUUACAUCACAAAAGCUACCAGAUAGAGAAUGGUUGA